CUCAAAGGCAACUGCAUGCAUCGAUCUAAUCUAGCCUAAUCAAGCACUAUAAUACUCCUACCAAAUGAGAUGUUGUUCCUUACAAUGUCCCCAAAUCCAAUCCAAUCCCUGAACCAAAUAAAAAGAAGAGAGAAUCACACUUUGAUUGAGAGAGAGAGAGAGUGGGAGAGUGUGAAUCAAUCAGAAGUUGGUGGUGGUGUGUGUGUAGAGCAGAGGCGCAGCCCUAUUAGCCGACCCAAGCAGUGUGAGGAGCCGACCGAAAUGUCGUGCUUAACAGAACAGUACUGUAAUAAAGCUGAUCCCACUCUGCUUCAUAUAAGCCUCAGAAAAUGUCUCUGUUUCCACCACAGAUAUUCUCUCUGACUCUUUGCUUUCUCGUCUUAAUCACUCUCUUUCUCUCUCUCUCUUCCUUGUUCCCCAUAAAACCACCCCUUCCCAUUCCAUUUCCAUUUACCCCACCACACGCACACUCACUCAUCACACUUCUCCAACAACAAACCACUCCACAACAUUACACUCAUUUCAUUUCCCAUUUUCAUUUUCCCUUCACACUCAAAACAAACCAAACCAAGUUUUUCACUCUUCACUCUUUCAAGUUUCAUAACCACCCCAAUGCCGUCGUCAGACUCCGGCGAGACUCGCCGCUCAACCAAGCCCCAAGUCCGCGCGGCCGCACUCCCCCCGCCGGAGCAGGAGAAUCUCUCCUGCCCACGCUGCGACUCCACAAACACCAAGUUCUGCUACUACAACAACUACAACUACUCUCAGCCUCGCCACUUCUGCAAGUCCUGCCGCCGCUACUGGACCCACGGCGGCACCCUCCGCGACAUCCCCGUUGGCGGCGGAAGCCGCAAGAACGCCAAGCGCACCCGCACCCACCACUCCACCUCCACCGCCACUUCCGCAGUCACCUCACCCUCCGACAACCCCUUCCCGGCGAUGGUCCCUGUCACCGGAUGCCCCGUCGCGUUCAGCGGCGGCGUCGACGGCGAAAUCAAACAAACCGUCAACGUUUGCGGCGGCAGCUUCACCUCGUUGCUGAGCAACACUCAAGCCCCGGGGUUUCUGGCUCUGGGUGGGUUCGGGCUUGGGCUUGGACAUGGGUUUGAAGACAUGGGCUUCGGGAUCGGGCGAGCGGGUUGGGCUUAUCCCGGAAUGGUGGACGGAGCACACAUCGGCGGCGGCGGUGUUGUUUCGGCACCCGGCAUCGGGAACUCGUGGCAGUUGGAAGGUGGCGGCGAUGGUGGGUUUGUCGGUGGAGACUGCUUCUCUUGGCCGGGACUUGCUAUUUCAACACCGGGAAAUGGUCUCAAAUGAAAACUUUUUCUCUUUUGAUUUGAGAGGGUGUGUUUAUGGUGGUUCAAUAUUAGGGUUUAUGGUAUGGUUUUCUGGGUAUAAUCAUCUUUAUGGUCAUCAAUUUAGUUUUAGUACUACACCUAUGACUUUUUUUUGGGUUUAAUUUUCUACCUUUUGGAACUCUUUUGUCAUCAUGUGUAUGCUUACUGGUGUGAAAUGAAUGACUAAGCUUGUGUUUGAUUCUA